AUGAACAGCCAAUUUAUACCACAUUACACAGCCCAAAAGCCUGCGAUGGGUAUGUUUAAUACCUCCAUGGGGAAACUGCAGCAACAACUGUACAGGGGGAGUUAUAGUAUAUUCAAGUAUGCACAAUGUUUAGAGGACUUUAUACAGGUCAGCAAAAAAGGAGAAGUGAUUGAUGUGCACAACCGUGCGCGAAUGGUAACUGUGGGCAUCGUUCGCACCAGCCCCCACCUCACACUACCUGAUGUCACGCUGGCCCGACCAGCUGCUAUGUGUGAUGACUAUAACAGAUAUGGCCCUGCCACCCUGGAAAAAGGUUACAAGCCUACAAAGAUCUUAGAGCUAACCAGGUGCUUCCCUGAAGUUGUAACGAUAUCCAUCCAUAAUGGUAAAAAGCAACAGCUCCACCUGAAGCUUGCCACUGGCCGCUCUUUUUACCUUCAGUUGUGUCCCCCUUCCAACACAAGAGAUCUUUUUGUCCACUGGGAAAAUCUCGUUUACAUUCUGAGACCACCAGUAGAGGCUUACAGUGGUUCCCAGGCCAUCCCAAUUGGGAACACACUGGACAUAACUGGGUUUGAAGAGAAGAACAAGAGCCCAGGGGCAAAUGUCAUUCAUGUCUAUGGAAGGGAUCAAGAUCGUGGCAUCAAGACUCUUCACAUGAACCCUACAGUGUUUUGGACCACCUAUUAUGGUUAUGCUGGGGAGGAAUGA